GUCAUUACGGUAUCCUCAGUUGCACAAGAUCCCUCAUACUCAUCUUAUGCAUCAACAAUGGUACUGGUCGAAGAAGUACCUUUGAAGCCUAAAGCCAAUCCGCCAAAGAAAAAAAGUUUAAGGGAGAAAAUACAACACGUCAAGGAGAAUAUAACUUUGGAGCCUACUCUAGCAUGUUACGUCAUACCAAACGUUCUUUCGAGACUGGCAACACAGAAUUUGAAUUUGGAUAAAGCAUGCCGAGUGAAUAUGAACUAUACGGACGAGGUGUGCGACGCCCUCCUCGUCAGAAAUGGAACUGAAUACUUGGAGGAGGAGACAUCAGUCCAAGAACUGGUAGCAGGAAUGGAGAGCUGGAAGAAUGUGCUUUUGACAGUGAUCCCCAGUUUUCUGAUACUGUUCUUGGGAGCUUGGAGUGAUCGGACAGGGAAGCGAAAGAUAUGCAUUCUGCUGCCGAUUAUUGGGGAGUUGCUGGUCUGUCUGAGCAAUAUGCUGAACGUGUAUUACUUUAAAGAAGUGCCUGCUCAGGUGGCUGUGUUUUUCGAGGCGUUUUUCCCUGCUAUAACUGGCGGAUGGAUAACGACGUAUAUGGGGGCCUUUAGUUACAUCAGCGAUGUGUCCAAAGAGGAGUCCAGGACAUUCAGAGUGGGUGUAGCGAACCUGUGCCUUACUGCUGGAGGGCCCAUAGGGUCCGCAUUAAGUGGCAUCCUGUUGAAGCACAUAGGGUACUAUGGAGUAUUCAGUUUAAGUUCUGGGCUGUAUCUGUUCAGUAUCAGCUAUGGUUUCAUAAAUAUUAAGGACCCAGAGCGACCAGUGCCGGAGAAAAAUGAAAAGAGGGAAUCCUCCGGCGUAUACGGAUUCCUGCAAUCCUUUUUUGACGUGAAACACGUUAAGGACACUCUCCAAGUCACGUUCAAAAAGGGCCCGAAUCACCGGAGAACAAAGUCCAUUUUGGUGUUGGCGGCCAUCGCGUUUAUAUAUGGGCCGGCUUACGGUGAAUUCACCUCGCGAUAUCUGUUCACGCGAUACCGCUUCAACUGGGACGCGCUGAAAUACAGUUUCUACAAUACAUUCUACAUCUGCGUGCACUUUUUGGGUGCGCUCAUUUCAAUAAGCCUAUUCAGUAGGCGUCUAAAGUGGCACGAUGCGACAUUGGGGCUCAUUUCCAACACGAGCAAGAUUGUCGGAGCACUGGCCACUGGGUUCGCCAGGAAUACCCUAGAAAUGUAUCUAGCGGUCGCCGUCGAGAUGUUUAACGCCACAUCCUUCACGGCUCUGAGAUCGAUCUCAUCUAAAUUAGUUUCGAGCGAUGAGCUUGGAAAAAUGACAGCAGUUUUCAACCUAAUGGAAGUCCUGACAUCCAUGACGUUCGGUCCAAUCUACUCGUGGAUAUACAUGAAGACCCUCAAGAUAGACGCGGGGAUCAUGUUCUACGUCAGCACAGUACUCACUGUUCCACCGAUACUAAUAUUUUCAUGGUUCUAUCUCCAAAGAAAGAAAAGACCCAAAGAAGAUGCUGAAAACCCAGCCAGCGACAAAGAAGCGCACUGCAGGAAGAAUUCUUUGCUUAGCAGCAUUGAAUGUGCUGAAGAAAAACUACCUGUGUGAUACUAUAAUAGUUGUCGUUUCAGCCGAAUGACGUUCACUGCUGGACAAAGACCUCCCCCAAGGAUUUCCACAAAGACCGGUCCUGCACCGCUCCCAUCCAGGCAACUCCACGACCUUCACCAGAUCGUCGGCCCACCUAGUGGGAGGCCUGCCCAGCCCGUGGUCGCCACUCGAGAACUUUUCUGCCCCAGCGGCCAUCAGCUCUACUAGCUAUGUACCCCGCCCACUGCCACUUGAUUUUAGCGAUUCUGCGGGCUACGUCGGGAUGUUAGCUAUUAGAAUCUGAUUUGUAUUAAUAUAAAUAUAAACUAAAAGGUGACUGACUGACUGGCUGACAUAGUGAUCUAUCAACGCACAGCCCAAACCACUUUACCAAACCACUUUACGGAUCGGGGUGAAAGGCAUGCAGGUAGAUGUUAUGAAGUAGGCAUCCGAUAAGAAAGGAUUUUAUGAAACUCCACCCCUAAGGGGUAAAACGGGAUCCACGCGUAUGAAGUCGCGGGCGGCCACUAGUAUUUAGAUAAGUUUCUAAAGGUCUCAUUCAUUUGUAUUUUAAUUUAUAAUGUUAGUUGCUAUAGGUAAUAAGUAUAGUGCAUAAUUGAGACAGUAUAAUGUAUGGGAGGGGUGACAUUGUCAUUUAUGACGUGACAGUGCUUACAAAUCUGAAGGAAAUCUGAAGUCUUACUUACUAAAAAAACCCUCCCGUGCCGCUCCCAUGCUCAGUAGGCUGAUUUACACCUAUUUCAAGUAUUUAAGUAGAUAACUAAAUUUAACUUAAUUUUAAGUGAUUGAAAGUUAAUUUCUAAGGUCUUUAAGUUUGUUAUUAUGUUUAAGGUUAUCCUAAUCAUUUAGUGAUGUUCAAUAAAUUUACAAUGAAGUUUGUGUUAAAUACUAUAUUUAACCCUGAAUAACCUUAGCUUAAGCCAUUGAACUUGAACUGUCGUUUCUACGGAUUCGGAUCGUAUGUAGUGCGCCAGCUCUGUUUCCUGAAUACAUUUCAGCUGGAUCCAAUGUUCCAAGUUCGAAUUUUCAAAUAUUGAA